UAGUAUUAUAUAAGAAAUAAUAAUUGUAGAGUCGACACAUUUGACAGCGCCAACACAAUUGCUUUUACUCUCUUCUUCUUCAGCCUCGGUUACUCCACCUCACUCCUCCAACCGUGAGAUUUCUCUCCUCUUUCAUUUUUUAGGCACUGUUCCUUGUCCAGUUUUACAUCCUUUUCAUUUCAUGGUAAAAUUCAUGGCAUAUGAUUAAAGGUUGGAUCUUUAGUGUUAAAUGGAUUUUGGAUGUUUGACACUUCUGUAAUUCUUUCGAUUCUGAAUUCAAUUUGAUGCCUUUUUUGUUUACUCCGAUGACAUGCAUGCAGAUGUAAACAUGUCAACUGUCGGACUUCCUGCCACCUGUAUGGUACAAAUUGCUCAUCAGACCCAAGUAAAGAGCGUCUUUCUUAAGAGCCCAUCGUCUCUAGGGUUUGUAAGAAGCAUUUCUAAGGCCUUUGGAUUGAAAGCUAGCUCUGGUUUUAAACUAUCAGCAUCAGCAGUCUACAAGGUCAAAUUGGUUUGUCCAGAUGGUGUUGAGCACGAAUUUGAGGCACCUUCAGAUACUUACAUCCUUGAUGCAGCUGAGAAUGCUGGAGUCGAACUACCUUAUUCUUGCAGAGCAGGUGCGUGCUCAACAUGCGCCGGGAAGAUUGAAUCAGGGUCUGUUGAUCAAUCUGAUGGAUCUUUUCUGGAUGAUAAUCAAAUCGAGAAGGGUUAUGUGCUUACCUGCGUUUCCUACCCAACUGCAGAUUGUGUGAUUCAUACUCACAAGGAAUCUGACCUUUACUAGUUAUUUACUUUCAAAUUUUGUGAUGGUCUUGUUUACACGCUGAAGCAGUUAGAAUAUUGUUCUGUUCUUGAGAGUGUUCAGGUGUAGAGUUCAAUCAGAAACAUAUUGUGUUUGAAUGAUGUUUGUGAAAUGAAACCUUCUUUGAAGCUCC